AUGGCGUCAUCCAGACCUUCUGCGGGAGGGUCUCACCUGCCGGCCGCCCCGGGGAACGUUCUCGAGGCUGUGCUGCUGCUGAGGCCCAUAGACCGCAGCCGGGUGCCAGCCCGCCCCAGAAAAAGUUCACGGGGGCAUGUAGCAGCAGCGUUUCAGGGAUUCUGGAAAAUCACAACUCACAUCUGGCGCCAGGCUUCACCCCCAACGGCCCUGUUCCAGCACCAGCGAAUGUGGUUGUUUUCCAGGAUCCGCUGGGACCUUUGCCCGUGGGGAGUCCUCCCAGAAGGGGAACAGCCUCCCAUGUGGCCCGAGGACCUCGCUCUCUGCUCCUGGGGAUUCGCCCCUCCCAUCAGAGCUCCACCAGGGAGAAUAGAGCUGAACGGUAGCCUGGAACAGACCACAACACCACAUCAUUUGAGGCCAUCCCCGUUGGAACCCAUGUUCAUCUGGCUAAGAAUUUUCUGGAAGGCCAAGAGCCGACCCCUUCUCAUCAGCCCUCAGUCUUCUCCACGCACCACCCCAGCCAUGACCAGCAGCUGCGAGGAAAGGUACUCAACGUCUGCCACCAAAGUGCAGGGGGAGCCGGUCACCUGGGCAGGAACCACAAACCUUCUGACUGUCCAGCUCCGAACCUGCCUCCGGGCACUCUUCACUUGAUGGCACAUUUGGACAGCGCCUGCAAUGCACCACUGUGUGCUUAUGACAGGUAGAAACGGUUACCUGAGAAAGGAGAAGUCCACAUCACAUUUGGGACCACUAUAGGGACUGACAAAUGGGGAAAUAGCUGUUCUGCUUCCUGUAAAAUUUCAGUGUCAAAACGUGGACAGAGGCGGAGGGUAAUGAUGCCUACUCAUGCACCCUCUUGCUCAGCGUGGCCUUCCAGGCUCUGUCCCCUGGCCCCUCCACACAGCCCGGGGCUGGCAGGAAAGUCACUGAGGUUGUGAAACUCACUGCUGUACUCUGUGGGGAAGGAAAGUGAGUCAUAUUUAUGAUAUCACUUUGUACUUUUAGAAUGAGCCUUGAAUUCCACUUUAUUUAUUUAUUUAUUUUUAACAUUUUUAUUUAUUUUUAAGAGGCCCAGAGAGACAGAGCAUGAACAGGGGAGUGCAGACAGAG